AUGGGAGACAGAAGAGGUUCUCUUAAGCCAGGGUUUUGGUCAUGGGAUGAUUACAACAAUACAUUAGUGUUUACUAAUUAUGAUUCUAUAGGACAACAGAGACCUCAGUCUACUCUAUUUGGAAAUUCAGAAAUAUCAGCUGUUCCAAUAGUACCUGAUACAACAUUUAAAGAUACAUUCGGAUCAGCAUCUCAAACUAGAUUUCGAAAAAACUAUGAAAGAAAAGUGAAAAUUAACGACACAAACGUGGUAAUAUUGCAAGAUUGCAAAGACGUAGCUCUGUUCUCCUGUGAUGUAAAAUGUUUAACACCUGAAUUUAUAAAGUUCUUUCAUACGAAGAUUGUUGAUAAAUUUCUGAGAUCCUGCAUCAUAUAUUUUCAAUACUACAUCCAGGUAUGGAAUUUAAUGCUUUUGAGGAGAAUAGAGGCUAGUAGAAAAUUACGUCAACCAAUCGUUACGGAACUCGAAAAUAUUGUCAGGGAUGAUUUAGCGGAUCUUCGUAGUAUGGUAACUCGAGAUUACGCCGCCAUACUGACUGGAGUCGGCGAUUCUAAAAAAUUUCAUCAUAUGUGUAAUGAAAACAAUGUUUCUCUAUCUGAUAAAGAUAGAAAACGAUUUGAAAUGUUUGUUAAAAUGACAGUACGGGUGAUAUGGAUCGCUUUAAAGAAAAAAAAUUUGACUAUUAUAGAAAAAGAAAUGAAUAGGCUGUUGAGAACAACCAUAUUCAGUCCCAUGGAACACGACAAGCUUAAAAUGUAUCAAUUUUUGGCAACGCCGGAAGAAACUAGAAUUUUAAGAGGAAAAGCUUACAGAAAAGAAAAAAAACUUUUGCACAGAUCUCAGUUGAUACAAGAAAUUAUUUUCGAUGUUCACGAUUACAGGAUGCUGUGUAUUGGUGUUACAGAUAUUGAGGAUCGUAGCGAAAGACUUGAUUACUUAAGAAUGGCUUACACUGCUCCAGAAGAUCUAUUGGAAGAACUAGAAGUUGGAGUUGGUAUUUUAGGCGUUCCUAGAAAGUUCUUAGAUCCAAUGCUGAAUGAAGAAUUGAUGACCACUAAAAAACGAAGUUCCGUUAUGAAACCAGUACCAGAUUUCAUGAUGCCACCUCAGACUCCAUAUGAUUACACAAUGUUAUCUGAAACCCUACCAAAAAUACCUUGUAAAUACAGUGAAUCACCAGUGGCUACCAAAGCAAGACAAACUCAGUUGAAAGUAUGGCUGAAUUAUAUAGAAGAUUUUGAACUGCCGACAGAAAAUACUGGUGUUCCUACACAAAUUAGCAUAUCCCAGUCCCCAGAAGAAAAGUAG